AUGUCCGGACAGCAGCAACAGCAGCAGCGACGGCGGCAACAACAUUGCGAUCACCCAUUCAUCAUGCUGCGGCAACAGCGGCAUCUGAGCGGCACCCCUCGCGCGCGCGCGCCCUCGUACCCACCACGUGCCCUCCUGCUCUUGCGUGGCUCUAGGGCCGGUGAGCUAGGGCGUAUUCGCAAGGGGAAGGGAGAGAAUACGGCCGUCGUGUCAUUAUUGGUUUUCGCGGCCACGUUGGCACCAAUGCAGCGAGAAAGCCCUUGGCCUGGACGCACGCUGUGUUGGAUCGACUGUGCGGCGGCAGCAGGUGAAGGCGGCAAGGCGGGCAGGUGCCUCGCCCUAACCCACGACCACUACCCAUCCAUCCGUCAUCUCUUUGGACUUUUUCCCACUGUGGAUUCCCCCCCUCUCCCUGCGUUCGCUGUUCCCACCCCCCCUGCCUCGGGGACAGGCCUCCAAGUUGAUGCUGUCCGGCUGGCUGGCCUGAGACCGGCAGGCCGGCAGGCCGGCAGGCAGCAAGCAGAUCAUCAGGUUGGUCUCAGCAACCUGCUACGUGACGGUGUGCAGGGCAGGCGUCUAUUGGCUUCGCGUCGAGAGCGCAGGAGACCUGGCUGGACUUUUGGUGGUGACGGCGCUCAUGUUGGAGCCGCCAUCACGUGCAGAAGGGACCUAGGAAGGAACCGAUCUAGGGAGGAAGCUGAGGAACCCAAGGGGCCUGUGAAGGGUCCUCGGUUUGAUAGUAUCCCCUUGAUAGCAUCCCCGGCUGUCGAGCUGCUCCAGCCUGGUGGUUCUGGUAUUCAAUUCUGCGACGGAGCGUGGUAUUAUUUAACUGUAUGGAUCCAAAUAUCGAUGGAGAGCGACAGGAAAAGAAACGAAAAAAUUAUCAACCCCAAGAUUCAAGGAGAAUUCCCCGAUUUGGAUGUCAAAUCCAACAAUUGUCGACAAUCAGAAAAUGAAGACGCUAGGUGGUUCAGCCCAAGUCUAGAAUGGAUGGGAUGUUGGGUGCGGGGACAAGCGUGUGCGCACACCACCACCACUACCACAACCACAACCACCACCGCCCGCACCAUUCUGGACAAGCUUAUUGCCGAGAGAGACACAGGCUGGGGCGGGUUCGAGGCACGGCCGGUCGACGCGAUGCAACGUCAAUGCGUGUUGGAUGGAGUUGGUGCUAGGCAGCAAGCGACAUGGGGUCGCGCUGCUGGCUCUUCCAGGCUUGGCUCAUGCUUUUUUUUUUUUUCUCGCCCUCCGCUAUUUUCAGUGGCUGGGGUGAUUUCGCAGCAUGCCUGGGCUUGGGUGUCUGCCAGGGCAGGGGCUGGGGGAUGGAUGGGCAAUCACGGGCAGGGGCUGGCAGGCACGCAGGGCAGGAGCAACGCAACGCAGCAGAAACGUACCUGCUCGAGCAAUCAAUCCAAGUCUUGCUCAAUGAUCAGAUGCGCACAGCGCGUGAUUAAAUGA